AUGAUAAUAUUUAACAAUAGUUUUAUGAAUAAUUCAACAGAAAUCAAAGAAGAUCAAAAAUAUAAUUUCGAAUCAAUGAUACCAAAUAAUAAUAACAAUAGUAAUAUAAAUAAUAAUAUAAAUAGUAAUAAUAAUAACAAUAAUAAUAAUAAUAAUAAUAAUAAUAAUAACAAUAGUAAUAAUAAUAAUAAUCAUAUAAAUUUAGAUAAUACUAUUAAAAAUAUAAAUGAUGAUUAUGAAAAGGGUUUUAUGGUAUUUGGUGUUAAUAAUAUAAAUAAUUUUAAUAGUAAUAAUGAUGGGGAAAAAGAUAAUAUAGAGGAAAAUACAAGUAAUAAUAAAAGGAAAAAUUUCCUGCUGCCCUUAUUACCACUAUCGUUAAUAAACAAUAAUAAUAUAAUGAAUAAUUCAAUAAAUCAAACAAUUCCUAUGCAAAUACAGAAUAGUGGAGGUAAUAAUAAUAAUAAUAACAAUAACAAUAACAAUAAUAAUAAUAAUAAUAGUAAUAAUAUUAGUAAUGGUAAUAAUAUUAAUAAUAUCAAUCAAAAUAAUUUAAAUAGUAGUAUAGUUUUAUCACCACUUUCUACAUUUAGCUCGACAAUACCAUUUUUACCAACUACCAUUACGAAUAAUAAUAAUAAUAAUAAUAGUUCAACAGUACCUUCAUUAACAGCACAUAAUUCUUUUAAGAUAAAAUUACCAACAAAUACACCAUCAACAUCACUUUUAACCACAUUUCCAAAUUUAUCACCCAGAAUGUCAAAUAUUCCUAUUUCACCUCGAUUAUCAAAUAUCCCAAUUUCACCACGUCUAGCUAAUGCAGUUCCAAUAUCACCCCGAAUGUCUAUUGCAGUACCAAUAUCUCCUCGAUUAACAAGUGUUGUUCCAUUGUCACCUAGAGUAACCAAUAAUACUGCUGUAGUACCUUUAUCUCCUCGGAUAAAUACUGCCCCAUUAUCACCAAGAAAUCCUCCUCCUGUUGCUAAAAAAGGAAAAUUACUAUUAUCACCUUUAAAAAUUUCAGUUCCAAAACCAAUUGCCCCUGAUAACAAUAAAAGUUUUGAAUAUGUUAUUAGUCAAAUUGAUGAAACCAUUUAUUAUGGAAGUAAAACGCCAGCAGCAAAUAUGGAUUAUCUUAAACAGGUUGGAAUUACACACAUCUUAAACUGUGCCGGUGAUACUUGCGAAAACCAUUUCCCAGUCGAUUUCAAAUAUAAAACACUGUAUCUUCGUGACCGAAAUGAAGAAGAUAUUAGAUGUUACUUUAAUCAUAUUAUAGAUUUUUUUAAUACUGUAAUACAAGAUAAUGGGAAACUUUAUAUCCAUUGCUACCGUGGGGUAUCUAGAAGUUGUACUUUUGUUUUGUUAUAUUUAAUGUGGAGGAACAAAUGGAAUUGGGAAACUGCUUUAGAAUUCACCACAUCAGUUAGAGAUAUUAGCUAUCCAAAUCUUAGUUUUCUUUUACAGCUUAUUGAUUGGCAAGAUUAUUGGUUUAAAGCAAAUAAAAAUAAAUUUGCCAAUGGUAGUAAUAAUAUCAACAGCAACAGCAACAGCAGCAGCAACAGCAACAGUAGUAGAAUAAAACCAUUAAAUAAUAGCAUAAAUGGUUUAAAUUUAAGUAAUAAUAGUAUUAAUAAUAAUAGUAAUAAUAGUAUAGAUGAUGCAAAUAAAAGUAAUGGUGGCAAAUAUAAGCAUUUAGAUGGUUUAAAAGAAAAUGGUUUAAUUCAAACAUUGCCAUCUCUCUAUAUAAUGAAGCAUAUUAAAGGGGAUUUUAUUUUACCAAAGCAUAUAAAACCAAUGGAAAGUUAUUUAUCCUUUGAUUCCAACUCAUGUUACAUUCUUCGAACAUUUGAAGGCAUUUAUCUAUGGAUUGGUUAUAAUGGUGAAGAGUUUUUAGAUUCAGCGACCGAAGCUAUUCUACAAUUUCAAUCUUAUGAAGGUGACUCUUUAAAGGUAAUUCAUUUUAAACAAGGAAAUGAAAAUCUAAAUAGUAUAGAAUUUAAUUAUUUUAAACAAAUUUUAGAUGAAAAUAGUAUUAAUAAUAAUAAUAAUAAUAAUAAUAAUACUAUUCAAAAUUAA